CAAGGCGUUGAGGUCUGCGUCCUCCUCGUCUUGCACAGUGUUACCUCCUCGUCAUUCCCCUCAUCUGUCUUUCCACGAUCACGACUUGGAACGCUGACCACGAUCUUCCUUCUCAGCUUCUUCCCCGGCACCGCAUCACCCUCCCUCCACUCUCCAGAACUUCCUCUCCCUAGGUGAUUCCCACUCCGGUUUAUUUCUCCUGGCCUACAAGCAGCUUUCAUUCUGUCUGCUCCUCAUCUCCAAACGUCUCCAGUCAUCCCACGCAUCCUCACGUCUCCGGCAUGAAAGACGUAUCUGUGACCACCGUCAGAAACUCAAGGAAUGUCGUCUAUCCGAAGAAACGCCCAUCUCCAUCGGGAAUAUCGAAGAACAAGACUCUGCUUCUUGGAGCUCCUCCCAUCGGACGUAAAAACUUUACCGCGAAAGCCGCCUUAUUGCAGCAACGGCAACGUGAAGCCCAGAUAGCAGCACUUCGUCGACAAGGUGUUCUUCUGGAGGACGAAUAUAGAGACGACAUUCAAUAUUACAUGCAUGAAAUGGAGCGCUACACAAUGCCUUCGACGCAAUCAAUGGACCAGCAGCCUGAGAUUCGGUGGCACAUGCGACCCUGCCUAGUCGACUUCCUUGUAGAAAUCCACUUCACCUUUCGCCUACGGCCAGAGACAUUAUACCUGACCUUGAACAUCGUCGAUCGAUAUGUUUCUCGUCGCGUGGUUUACGUCAAGCACUACCAGCUUGUUGGUUGUGCCGCGUUGUGGAUAGCAGCGAAAUUCGAGGAUGCCAAGGAUCGAGUCCCUACCGUGCAAGAACUUGCUCAAAUUUGUCGAGAGACCUACGACGAGUCCGCCUUCAUUCAAAUGGAGAGUCACGUAUUGGCCACCAUACAAUGGACCCUUGGGCACCCUACGGCUGAGGCCUGGUUGCGGCUAAUGUGUUGUGAUCCAUAUGUCGAGGAGGACAAGGUUCAGCACACUGCGCGGUUUCUAAUGGAAAUCACCUUGUUCUACCGUGAAUUUGUCAAAUAUCCUCCAUCUGUGAUAGCUCUAGGUGCUCUGACGUUAGCUCGGUUCCUCAGUGGCAAGGGCCGUCGUACAUUGGAGGAAACAGAAGAAUGCUUGGAAAUUGUGGAACAUCUUGAUAAUCGUCUGGCAAAGCACGUCAACGACUUGUCAGAGGUCCUUGUCAAAAAAUACUCGUAUGCAUUCUACUCGAAGGCAGCGACCUCUGUUGUGCAGUAUUACCUCAAAGGCGGCCGCUUCAUCCAACAGCCUGAAGUACCGUUCCCUGUCACUCCGACGCGGGCCUGUGCAUCCGGCGCUAGCACGCCUAUGAGUUCAACUACUUCUGUAUCCGACGUAUCAGAAGAUUUCCCCUUGACUCCUACUAGCCCACAGUCCUAUUCCAGCGACGUGUUCCCAGAGACUUGCCUUCCUGACGAGGACAAGGAGAAUUUGCCGACGUCGUUCGAGCCUGUCAUUGUCAAGCAGCGAACAGAAGCACCCCCAGAUCAAUAUCUGCCUCAUGACUUUGUGACAUUUGGUCGGCCUGCACUCCACAAUCUUAACGUAUCGCCGCGGUCAACGGUUGUUACAUAGGAGUCGGCCGUGUUCGUUUGUCAAGCGCCUCUUCGCUGUGCUCUCCCUUUCUCUAAUUCUCAAAAUGUAACACCACGUACCGUCAUUCGUGCCCAUUUUCCGCAAGACGUUCCAUCAAGCAAUUCUCUCUUCCUCAAGCAUCAAACUAUCCGUACCAGUCGCUUCUCCUCUAAUGGUGGCUCGGGCAAUUCGGCUCACUGACCAGGGGUUAACCCGUGACGGCGCCGAUUUGUUCUACUAUCUCCGAGUCGAAGAGCUCAAUUAUACGCUGUUCUCAGCACACCUCCGUCCUACAUCACACAUUCCAUCAACACUCAUCUGCAUUCAUUCAAUUUCCUGUUAUUUUAUGCAUUCAUCGUCUGUCAUCAUCCCCUCUGUCGCGUGUCAACGUCGGCGUCAGUCUCUACUUGAAUUCCUGAAUUACACGUUAGUGCAUAUCGCAUUCGUUCUACCUUAUUUCUCAUAUUCUUCUUAACUUGCCACCUUGUGUCUUGGUGCGUUGCGAGGUUAAAUUUUUGGGGUGUGCCUCCGUUUCCUCCUGCAUCGCGUACAAAUACGUCACCUUUUACUGUUCCUGCACAUCACCCACAAUUCUCGUUCACAUCGCCGCGCAAUCCUCUACACACUCCUACAGUCGAACACUCUGUCUUUAGCAACUGUCGUUUCCAGUCUCUGGG